CCCAGGCGACUCCCCGGAUUGCGGGCUGCCGGCUCUGCGCCCCCGCCCGCCCGCCUGCCGGCUCCCGCGCCCCGCGCCCCGCCCGCGGCCGCCACUCGGCCUUGCCGGCUCACCCUAGCUUGACUCCCCGCGAGGGCUGUGGGGAGGGGGCGAGGAGGAGGAGCCGAGGAGGAGCGACGGGGAGGAAGGAUCAGAAAAUGCUGUGUUGAGAGGCACCGAAGAGGUCAACUGGACCACCUCCCUUAGAUCUCCCUGAGGUUGUAGACCACAUGAACUCGCUGGCUGCUGCUUUCUCUCCCCCCAGCUGGUUCCGGAGGGAGCAGGGUGCAUCACACCCGCUUUCCCACAUCUUCACGCUGAGCUGAGCUGAGCUGCUCAGCCCUGUGGGUGGAGCUGCAGCAGGUGCUGCCAGGGCCGGUCCCUGAGUCAUCAAACCUGCCGGCUCUUGUACCACAUCUCCUUCCAUCUCCUGUUCAUGUCCAAGCCCUCAUCCAUGCAGUCUCGACCUGGGAUUUACUUACAGCCAGGCUCUCCUGCCUCUACCACCACCAGGCUAAUCUUUCUAAACCCAGCUUGACCCCUUGCUCAGAGGACGACUCCUUCAGCUGAAGCCUGCGGCCACACAGCCUGUGUACUCUCCUGGCUUUUAUCCCAUCCCAUGUUGGGUGCAGAUGGAGGAACUGAGGCUUCAAGGCAUGAGCUGCUUUCCCAAAGUCAUACAAAUGUUAAGUGCAGAAGUAGGAUCUGAAUUCCAGCAGUCUUACUCCAGCAACCAUACUGUGGAAGCCGGUGAUGCCUCCUUAAGCCCUCUCUGGGCUUGGAGAGGAUGUCCUCCCUGAUGGACCAGAGCAUGCCAGCCCCUGUGGCUGGUGUGGUAUUCCUACAGACUGUCUGGCAAGUUUUGCUUGCUCUGGUUUCUCACUAAAACAACCUUUGGAUUUGGCUUCCCAUGCGACUCACAUACAGGAAAAGAGGGCCAUGACCUGCCAACAUGACAGCUGUAUUUUUCACUAGUAACUUAAUAAACUGGCUGCCUGGGUUCACAUACGUAUCUGUUUCUGAGAGCUUGGUUAAGGUGAGCCCACCCCAGAGCUGAAGCCCACCAUGUGCCAACUUAAUUGAGAUUCUGGGCAUGCAAGCGUAGCCCCCAGCUGAGGCCUCUGUGCCAAGGAAAUUCCUCUUGGCCUCCUUUUGGCUGGUUUGGCCCGCCUUCCCCAGUGACAGUCUGGCUCUUUGGAUUCAAGCUGCCUGGUCAAACUGUGAGGGUCUGCAGAAAGAAGGAAGCAACAGUGCCAGGUUCCAGUGCGUGUUCCAAGUUCCACAUUCUGCCUACAGAUGCCCAGUGCCAGAGCAAAGGCUGGCCCUUGGCAGCGGACUGCUCAGAACGUGGAACUCUGGAGACACUCCUGAAACUCUGCCCUAAGUCAAAGGAACCAGAGAGUCCACCAGUUCUCCCUCCACCUCCCUUUCCAGGAGCAACCAUGGCCCUGAGUGAUGUCAAUGUGCAGAAGCAGAUUAAGCACAUGAUGGCUUUCAUUGAGCAGGAAGCCAAUGAGAAGGCAGAAGAAAUAGAUGCCAAGGCUGAGGAAGAGUUCAACAUUGAGAAAGGACGCCUUGUGCAAACCCAACGACUGAAGAUUAUGGAGUAUUAUGAGAAGAAAGAGAAGCAGAUAGAGCAGCAGAAGAAAAUCCAGAUGUCUACCAUGAGGAAUCAGGCAAGGCUGAAAGUCCUGAGAGCCCGAAACGACCUCAUCUCAGAGUUGCUGAAUGAUGCAAAGCUGAGACUCAGCAGGAUUGUGGCAGACCCAGAAUUUUACCAGGGGCUGCUGGAUAAACUAGUGCUCCAGGGUCUGCUCCGACUGCUGGAGCCUGUGGUGAUUGUACGCUGCAGGCCACAGGACCUCCUCCUGGUGGAGGCUGCAGUGCAAAAAGCCAUCCCUCAAUACAUGACAGUCUCCCACAAACGUGUGGAAGUCCAAGUUGACAGAGAGGUGCAACUGGCUACAGAUGCGGCUGGAGGUGUGGAGGUCUACAGUGGUGAUCAGAGAAUAAUGGUUUCCAAUACUCUGGAAAGUCGACUGGAUCUCUUAUCCUGGCAAAAGAUGCCAGAAAUACGAAAGGCCUUGUUUGGAGCCAGUGCCAACAGGAAGUUCUUUAUAUAAGCCUCUAGGAAGUGAAGCUCAUGUUGAACUUCUAAGCCCCAAAAGCAUGAGUUAUUAGGACAAAGGAAACCAGUAAUAUCUCCUCCUCUUUUUUGCUCUGGUAUUAGUCUAUCAUCAUGAAAUACCCUUUGACUAGCUAAAGGCAUUAUACUUUGGAAUAAAGCCUGACUUAAUGCUUA